CAGGGCGGAGUAGACCGGAAGCCGCCUGACUAAAAAAAAAAAAAGGAAGGGAGGAACGAGAGAGAGAGAAAGAAAGAGAGGAAACUUAAAAGAAACAUCUUUAAAAUUAAAAACAACACGCACAGUAAUCAGUUCCUAGACACAGGAUUUAAAUUAGAGAAAGCUCGCUGUUUCUAUACAGCGGUUCAAAAAGAAAAACAAGUAAACAACAGAACAUUUUUUUUGGGGGGGCAAAACCUUCAGAAAAAAAAAAAAAAAAGUGAGGCUUUUUUUUUUUUCAGCAUUUUAUUAUUUUGUUUUAAAAAAAGCGGGUCGACAGAUUACAAACAGCGGAAUCCAUACAGGAAGAUAUUUUAAAGACACAUCGCUUCAAAUAAAGAGAGAGAGAGAGAGAGAGAGAGGAGCCAUGGCCGGACUGAACAGCAUAGAGGCGGUGAAAAGAAAAAUCAAAGUCCUGCAGCAGCAAGCGGACGAGGCGGAGGAGAGAGCCGAGACCCUGCAGCGGCAGGUGGAGGUGGAGAAGCAGGCGAGGGAGCAGGCGGAGGCGGAGGUGGCCUCUCUGAACCGGCGUAUUCAGCUGGUGGAGGAGGAGCUGGACCGAGCCCAGGAGCGCCUCGCCACAGCGCUGCAGAAACUGGAGGAGGCGGAGAAGGUAGCGGACGAGAGUGAGAGGGGUAUGAAGGUGAUUGAGAACCGCGCCCUGAAGGACGAGGAGAAGAUGGAGCUGCAGGAGAUCCAGCUGAAAGAGGCCAAGCACAUCGCAGAGGAGGCCGACCGCAAGUACGAGGAGGUGGCUCGUAAGCUCGUGAUCAUUGAGGGUGACCUGGAGCGCACUGAGGAGAGAGCUGAGGUGGCUGAAUCCAAAUGCGCGGAGCUAGAAGAGGAACUGAAAAACGUGACCAACAAUCUGAAAUCUCUCGAAGCUCAGGCUGAGAAGUACUCCCAGAAGGAGGAUAAAUAUGAGGAGGAGAUCAAGAUCUUGACCGACAAGCUCAAAGAGGCGGAGACUCGCGCGGAAUUUGCGGAGAGAUCCGUAGCCAAGCUGGAAAAAUCCAUUGACGACUUGGAAGAUAAGCUCGCUCGCACCAAAGAGGAGAAUCUGAAGAUGGCGUCCAUGCUGGAUGAGACCAUGCAAGAGCUGCACAGCUUGUAAACCGGACUCCCUGAUCGCCGUGGUAACCCUCGCACCCGGGGCCGCUCCACCGCCGCCCCCCACCCCCCUGCCCCCCCCCCCCCUCGCUGUCGGAUUGCCAGCUGCUCUGGCAGGCUGUCACUGCAGUGCCUGUGCUGGUGUUAAAAUGCACAUGUAAGCUUCAUGACAUUCCUUUAGGAUGUAUUGUUAUUAUGAUGAUGAUGAUGAUGAUGAUGAUGAUGAUGAUGAUGAUGAUUAUUAACGAAUAAAUAAACCUGCCUUUUGAAGAUGAAGGCCUAGCUAGCCCCUCGUCCCCUCAUUCCUCCCUCCCUCCCUCCCUCCAUUCUGUUUGUGUUGUGAAGUCCCGUUCUCCCACAAGACCUGGAGAGAGAGGGAAAGAGAGGCAGCUUUCAUUCUCCACUGCCAUUACAAUCCAUGCCAUUGCAAUCAAUUCUGUUCCAUUACAAUCCAUUGCAAUCCAUGCCAUUGCAAUCCAUUCCAUUAUAAUCAAUUCUGUUCCAUUACAAUCCAUUGCAAUCAAUUAUAUUACAAUCCAUGCAAUUGUAAUCCAUUCCAUUACAAUCCAUUGCAAUCCAUGCCAUUGCAAUCCAUGCCAUUGCAAUCCAUUCUGUUCCAUUACAAUCCAUUGCAAUCCAUGCCAUUGCAAUCAAUUCUGUUCCAUUACAAUCCAUUGCAAUCCAUGCCAUUGCAAUCAAUUCUGUUCCAUUACAAUCCAUUGCAAUCCAUGCCAUUGCAAUCCAUGCCAUUGCAAUCCAUUCUGUUCGAUUGCAAUCCAUUGCAAUCCAUGCCAUUGCAAUCCAUUCCAUUAUAAUCAAUUCUGUUCCAUUACAAUCCAUUGCAAUCAAUUAUAUUACAAUCCAUGCAAUUGUAAUCCAUUCCAUUACAAUCCAUUGCAAUCCAUGCCAUUGCAAUCCAUUCUGUUCCAUUACAAUCCAUUGCAAUCCAUGCCAUUGCAAUCCAUUCUGUUCCAUUACAAUCCAUUGCAAUCCAUGCCAUUGCAAUCCAUGCCAUUGCAAUCCAUUCUGUUCGAUUGCAAUCCAUUAUUCCAGGGGGUCUCCCACCCUCCUCCUGGGGGGCCGCUGCCCCUCCUAGUUUUUGUUCCAACUGUAUCCUAAAUUACUUCAUCGGAGCAGUUCAGAGUUUAUUAGAAGCUGAAUUGGUCCAAUUAGGUAAUUUAGGGUACAGUUGGAACAAACCCCCCCCCCCACCACCACCACCAAAAGCCACACAGAGGUCAAAGGUCACCUGGACAGCAGCAAAGGGAACGUCUUAACAGAGAACACCAGAAAGUGAAAAGGAAUUAUAUAAAAAAAACAGUAAUACAAAUUGAAUAAAUGUUACAAAGCAAUAAUGUUUAAGAAAUGAGUAUCGAGAUGUAAACAUUUUGUAUAACUGUAUUUUUUUUUUCUUCUUCUUUGUAAUAAAUAAUAUUCCUGGA